AUGGCCUUGAAUCAGGGCGGUGGUGGUGCUCAUUCUCAGCCAUCACUCGUCGCCCUUCCACAACACCUUCAAUCAGAUACACACCUUACUGCGCAUCUAGCUAGUCGAUUUCACGUAUCACUACCUACCGCUCAAUUAUCAUCUCACGCCUUAGUUUGUAUAAACACUUACUCAUCUUCCACCAAAGGCCCAGAUGGCGGAAAAGCAGGUAGUGCUAUGGGAGGGGCUGAAGACUUAGCAGACAGGGCGUACGCCAGGCUAGGAGCUCGCUCAGAGAAUCAAGCUAUCGUCUUUUUAGGUGAAUCAGGGUCUGGUAAAACUACCGUCCGUUCCCAUCUACUUUCAGCAUUUCUUAGCAAGUCUGCUACGCCUUUAUCUACAAAGUUGUCAUUGACUGCCUACGUGUUUGACACGCUAACAACAACGAAACUUGCAACCACUCCAACUGCAUCAAAAGCUGGGUUAUUUUUUGAGCUUCAGUAUGAUACGGCUUCAACUGUGAAUCCGACACUCAUCGGUGGCAAAAUUCUUGAUCAUAGACUAGAGAGAAGUCGAGUGGCUUCCGUUCCCACGGGUGAGAGAAGUUUUCAUGUACUUUAUUAUCUCCUAGCUGGGACCAGUACUGCAGAGAAAGCACAUUUGGGACUCGAAUCUUCUGGCUCAAUUUCUUCCACUGUACACAGUCCGACACAGGCUGUUCACAAUCAAACAGCAGCGUCACAAAAGAGAUGGAGAUACUUAGGACAUCCUACACAACUUAAAGUUGGUAUUAAUGACGCUGAGGGCUUCCAGCUCUUCAAGACAGCACUUCGUAAACUCGAAUUUCCUCGAAGUGAAAUCGCCGAAAUAUGCCAAGUAUUAGCCAGUAUACUUCACCUUGGUCAGCUCGAUUUUGAAAUUACUGCUGAUACUGCUGGGACGGGCGAUGAUAGUGGUGGCUAUUCUCAUGAAGGAUCUCAAAGUAUAACAGCCGUCAAAAAUAAAGAAGUGUUGGCAAUAAUAGCCGCUUUCUUGGGGGUCGGGGCUCAGGAUUUGCAGACAACUUUAGGGUACAAGACAAAGAUACUCCAGCGGGAACGCGUUACAGUUAUGCUUGAUCCAAGAGGCGCGAGAAGUAACGCUGAUGAGCUUGCAAGGACGUUAUAUUCGCUCUUAGUAGCCUACGUAAUGGAGUGCAUAAAUCAAAGAAUCUGUGCGGCAGAAGAUACGGUUGCCAACACAGUUGCUAUAAUAGAUUUUCCUGGGUUUGCUCAACAACCCUCAACCGACUCUACUUUAGACCAGUUACUCAAUAAUACAGCCACGGAAUGUCUUUAUAACUUUACCCUCCAAAGUUUCUUCGAAGCUAAAGCUGAUAUUCUAGAGAAUGAAGAGGUAAAGGUUUCCGCCACUAGCUACUUUGAUAAUUCAGACGCUGUAAAGGGUCUCCUUAAGAACGGAAAUGGACUACUAAGCAUCCUGGACGAUCAAACAAAGCGCAAUAGAACUGAUAUGCAACUUCUGGAGAGUCUGAGAAAACGAUUUGAGGGAAAAAAUCCUGCAAUCACAGUAAGUAGUGCUACUGCAAAAUUACCUGGCAGUAACUUUGCAACUCACAACUCAGCUGCAUCAUUUUCAGUAAAGCACUUCGCGGGUGAGGUAGAUUAUUUAAUCGCAGGUCUUAUUGAGGAAAAUGGGGAAUCAGUUUCAGGUGACUUAAUGAACUUAAUUUCCUCCACAAAGAAUACUUUUAUCGGUCAACUAUUCGGUCAAGAAGCUCUACAGACUGUAGUUCACCCACAAGAGAAAAAUACAAUCAUGCAGGCUCAGGUCAGCUCAAAACCGCUAAGAAAGCCCAGCGUCAUGCGUCGUAAUGCUGAAAGACCAGCCAGGUCUAACACUCGUGCUGCAAAAGAUCCAUUUGAGUCAGUCGAAGAAGGAUUAGAUUCAAAGGAAGAAAUAACAGGUCGUAGAGGACGCAAUAUCGAUAACGGAGCCGCUGGUCAAUUUCUUUCAGGUCUUGACAAUGUUAUGAAAUCACUGACUGCGCCGAAUACAAAUCCCUAUUUUGUAUUUUGUUUAAAGCCGAAUGACCGAAGAAUUGCCAAUCAAUUCGACAGUAAAUGUGUCCGCACACAGAUCCAAACUUUUGGGAUUGCAGAGAUUAGUCAGCGCUUAAAAAAUGCUGAUUUUAGUCUUUUCAUUCCGUUUGGUGAGUUUCUUGGACUUGCAGAAGCAGAAAAUAUCUUCGUUGGUAGCGAACGUGAGAAAGCAGAGACCGUAGUCGACGAAAGAAGGUGGCCGUCUAGUGAAGCUCGGAUCGGAAGCACAGGUGUAUUCUUGAGUGAGCGCUGCUGGGCGGAAAUUGCUAGGCUUAGUGAUAGGGGCUUUGUUACAUCACGGUACAUGGCUUCAUCGGAUGACGGUGGUGAUGGUCUUUCUCCAGGAGUAGUACAAGGUGGUCACAGUGCAUCCCGAGAACGUCUUCUUGGGACUGGUGCCAUGAACCUAUCUCCUGGAGGCUACAUUUAUGGCGGAGAUAAGAAAAGUGGCUAUUUCGGCAAUGAUGUUGACGCGCGUUCCGAGGCUGGUGCAUCCGCACUAGGGCAAGGUGAUAUGUUUCGAAAUCUUGAUACAAGGCAGCAAAUGGCAGAAAAAGGAAAUGAAAAAACAAUGGUUGAGGUGGAAGAAGUAAAGACAAGUUCAAGUAGAAAGAGAUGGGUAGCUUUAGUUUACCUGAUGACAUGGCUCCUUCCUGAUUUCCUUAUUCGUUGGAUUGGAAGAAUGCCACGUAAAGACGUGCGUAUGGCCUGGAGAGAAAAACUUGCUAUCAACAUGAUGAUAUGGCUAACAUGCCUUUUCGCUGCUUUCUUCAUAGUGGUCUUUCCUAUGCUUAUUUGCCCCAAGCAGGAUGUCUUCAGCGCGUCAGAACUUUCGAGUCAUAACGGAAAAAGUGGAAAAUCUGCUUAUAUUGCCAUUCGAGGUCAAGUCUUCGACCUCUCAGAAUUUGCGCCAAGUCAUUAUCCUAAUAUUAUUCCUCAAAAAUCUAUACUAGCCUACGCAGGACUGGAUGCGACCGCUCUCUUUCCUGUACAAGUUUCUGCGCUCUGUCAGGGUGUCAACGGAACUAUAGACUCUUCUAUUCAGCUCGAUUAUAUGUCUACAAACACGAGUGGCUCUGCAUCUGUUAUCAGCUCUUCCGACACUAAUUACAAAUAUCAUGACUUCAGAGCAUUCACUAAUGAUAGUCGUCCUGAUUGGUUCUUUGAACAAAUGAUGCUCUUAAGAGCAAACUUUCGAAGGGGAAAUAUUGGAUACACUCCGAAAUAUGUUUCAAAGCUCGCUGAGAACCAAGUUUCAGUGGCAAUAUUAAAUGAUCGUAUCUAUGAUCUCACAAAAUACCUUCAGGGAGGCCGUGCUGUUCGGGUAAGACCCGGAGAUCCUGUCCCGACUGACAUCAAUACCAACUUUAUGAGCUCUUUAGUCGUUGAUUUAUUUCAGCAAAAGGCUGGUCAAGAUGUUACUAAGUUUUGGAACGCGCUUGCUAUCGAUCACGAAAUGCGAUCCCGCAUGCAAUUGUGUCUUGAUAACCUAUUCUAUGUCGGUAACGUUGACACUAGAAAUUCCUUAAGAUGCCAGUUUGCGGAAUAUCUACUCCUGAUUAUUUCAAUACUCCUAUGUUCCGUUAUAGGCUUCAAAUUCUUUGCGGCACUUCAGUUUGGAGGUAAGAAUAUUCCAGAGAACCUGGAUAAAUUUGUUAUCUGUCAAGUACCAGCCUACACUGAGGACGAAGAUUCACUACGACGCGCAAUAGAUUCUGCAGCCAGGAUGAAGUAUGAUGAUAAGCGAAAGCUUUUGGUUGUUAUAUGCGAUGGCAUGAUUAUAGGCCAAGGAAAUGAUAGACCAACUCCAAGAAUUGUUCUCGAUAUUCUCGGCGUUUCAGAUACUGUUGAUCCCGAGCCCUUGAGUUUUGAGUCGCUCGGUGAAGGUAUGAAGCAACACAAUAUGGGCAAAGUAUAUUCUGGACUCUACGAAGUGCAAGGUCAUAUCGUUCCAUUCUUGGUUAUAGUAAAAGUUGGAAAGCCGUCUGAAGUCUCUCGUCCAGGAAACCGUGGAAAGCGAGAUUCACAAAUGGUAUUGAUGCGUUUCUUAAAUAGGGUGCACUAUAACGCCCCCAUGAGUCCACUCGAGCUCGAAAUGUAUCAUCAAAUCAGAAAUAUCAUUGGUGUCAACCCAACAUUCUACGAGUACAUGUUACAAAUCGACGCGGAUACUGUCGUCGGGGCUGACUCGGCAUCCCGAAUGGUCUCGGCAUUCCUAGACGAUACAAGAUUAAUCGGGGUCUGCGGAGAAACGGCUCUAUCUAAUUCAAGAUCUUCAUUCGUAACCAUGAUCCAAGUUUACGAAUACUAUAUAUCACACAAUUUGUCAAAGGCAUUUGAAAGCUUGUUUGGUAGUGUAACUUGCUUGCCCGGCUGUUUUACGAUGUAUCGAAUUCGAGCCGUUGAUUCUGGAAAGCCGCUGUUCGUAAGCCGAGAAGUUGUCGAACAAUAUGCUAAUAUCCGAGUCGACACACUUCACAUGAAGAAUCUUCUCCAUCUUGGUGAGGAUCGAUAUUUAACCACUCUGCUAAUGAAGCACCACUCCAAAUACAAGACCAAGUAUAUUCGAACCGCCCACGCAUGGACGAUUGCUCCUGAUUCAUGGCAAGUUUUUCUAUCACAGCGUCGUCGAUGGAUUAACUCGACUGUGCAUAAUCUAAUUGAGCUGAUACCAUUAUCCCAGCUUUGUGGGUUUUGCUGCUUUAGUAUGCGUUUCAUUGUAUUUUUAGAUUUGCUCUCUACACUUGUUCAACCAGUAACUCUAGCCUACAUCGUCUACCUAGUCAUACUCGUUGUCUGGGACAGUCGAAGUUUGAUUCCCACAACAGCCUUUAUUCUUCUCGGUGCCAUUUACGGAUUACAAGCCAUAAUCUUUAUCCUUCAUAGGAAAUGGGAGAUGAUUGGUUGGAUGAUAUUGUAUAUAUUGGCUAUUCCAGUCUUUUCAUUCGGGCUACCUCUCUACAGUUUCUGGCACAUGGACGACUUUUCGUGGGGUAAUACUCGGGUGGUCACGGGCGAAAAAGGUAAAAAGAUUGUUAUAACGGAUGAAGGAAAAUUUGACCCAGAUUCUAUCCCCCAUAAAAAGUGGGAGGAGUACCAAGCUGAAUUAUGGGAAGCCCAAACCGUUAAGGAUGAUCAUUCCGAGGCAUCUGGCUACUCUUACGGUACUAAGUAUCCAGUCGGGGCCUCUGAAUAUAACUACGCGCCCUCACGGCCAAUUUCUCGUGUUGAGGGUGGUAACUCACCUUACGAAAUCAAAAAUACAGGAGCGUAUAAUUCUCGGAUGUCACUUGCGCAAUCCGAUGCACUAGGGCUCGGUGAACAGCGACAUAGCCAAUUCGGAGGGAGUCAGUUUUUCGGCCAACAAGAACUUGAAAUGUCCAACCUUCCCGGGCUUCCUAACGAUGAUGCUAUACUAGCUCUCAUACGGGAUAUUUUAAAAACAGCAGAUCUUAUGACGGUUACUAAAAAGAGCAUUAAGCAGGAGCUAGAAAAGCGUUUUGGAGUCCCACUUGAUGCACGGAGAGCAUAUAUCAAUUCUGCCACUGAAGCUUUACUAUCGGGUCAGCUGUAG